CUUGUAUAAUAAUUAAAAAUGAGUAAAGGAACCGGAAAAAUGACAAAAGACGCUUCUUCCAGAAUUCAAUCAACUCAAGCUAAGGCUGGUCAUGAUUCUCACAAGGACUCCUUCCCUGCUCGUGCUCAGAGUGCUGCCGACAGAAAUCUCAAUGAAGCAAAAGCUGGUCAACAACAGCAAAGUGGUAAUCAACAGCGAAGCGGUAACCAAUCGGCCAAUAAAAAUAAUUAGCCCUAUUUCGUAUAAAACAAUAUGGAGCCAUUGCAUUCAAUAAUAACAUUAAAAAAGAAUUCUUUUAUAAUAUAUGAUUUUUAUAAAUUUAUAUUUUUUUUUAAAAAAAAAAUUCAAUAAAAAAUUUACGUUUUUGCAUGGCAUAUUUUUCUUUAAAAAAAAA